GUAAAUAGCAGUUUAUCAACACUGCGCAUUCUUCUGACUUUACAACAACCCCUCCAGAUCAUUAAGUAUUUCAAACCACUCAGUUCCCGUCGCGCAUCAUGCCCGAAAUCAUCGAUGACAAGUCACAACACUGUAUCCCCUUCCUCCUCGAGCGAUUGAAAGCCCAUCAGGCCCGAUAUGGGGACGACCCCACCAAAGCCCCUCCGUUCUUCCUGGGCCUGAACGGCGUCCAAGGCGCUGGCAAAACCGUCCUGGUAUCCGCCCUCCAAUCAACGCUCCGAUCCCCACCAUACUCCCUCCCCGUCGUCACCCUCUCCCUCGACGACCUAUACCUCACGCACGACGCCCAGCACGCUCUCGCACAAUCAUUCCCCUCGAACCCCCUCCUCCAACACCGCGGUCAACCAGCGACACACGAUCUCCCGUUAGCGACACAGGUCUUCGAAUCCCUCCGCGCCGGCCGCCCCACGGCCAUCCCGCAGUAUGACAAGUCCGCGUUCGCGGGACAAGGCGAUCGAGUCCCCCAGUCGCAGUGGGAGAUCGUCAACCAACCGGACCAGGAGGAGAUCAAGGUGGUCAUCUUUGAGGGAUGGUGCGUGGGGUUCCGCGCGUGGGAUGAGGCAACUCUUCGCGAGAAAUGGGAGGCUGCGGUUCGCCAAAAGGAACAGGGCGAGUAUAACGGGCGUCUGGGGCAUGUGAAGUUCGAGGACGUCAAGACUGUGAAUGAUGCGUUGCGCGCGUAUGAUUUGAUUACGGACCAGUUAGACGCUUUGAUUCAUAUCGACGCUCAUGGCUCGCAUUACGUCUACGACUGGCGACAAGAACAAGAAAGGACACUCCGCGCCGCGAAAGGAACGGGUAUGACGCCGGAGCAAGUCACUCAUUUCGUUGAUGGCUACUACCCCUCCUACGAACUCUUCACCGAGACCCUCCGCGAAGGCGUCUUCAAGCCAGCGCCCCAUGCAACAACCGCUACUACCUCCUCGUCUGCUAGCUGGCAGGGCAGACAGCUUCGGUUGGUGGUUGAUAGGAACAGGCGGGUUCAGGAGGUGAUUAGGAUUUAGA